AUGGACUCCAUCAAAUACACAAACCCAAGACAACUCCUGCAAGCACUAACCCACCUCUACAUACUCCUCGAAAAUCACCGAACAGGCCACCAAUACCUCAUCUUCUCCUCCGUCACGCGCACCCAGUUCGAAGAAGACCUCACCUCCCCACAAGCGCGUGCCUCAUCCUCUAAAUUCCUCAAAUACUGCUAUCACCAUCCCACCCAGUCCCUAGCCGUCAAAGUCCCGCUACCGCUGCAUUACCCUGGAGUGGCUAAUAUAUUCAAGAAAAUGGUUGACAGGCAGCUCUUCAAGAUGGAUCUUCUAGACACUGAGUACUGGAAUGAUGCUUUAGGGGAUAUUGUCUAUAUUGGGGACUGGGCUUUAGAACCAGAUAUUUCCUGGGUUCCGUCCGCGAAAACGAAAUAUACCAGUCCCUCCGUGGUACUCGAAGUCGGAACAGCGGAAGAUUUUGCACAACUUGCCGAUAAAGCGUCCAUUUGGUUGGAAAGUUUCGAGUCUAACGUGCAGGCUUUUAUCACGAUUCAGCUUGACUACAACAACGAGGGUCUUGCUAGUGAUACCGCCAUCAAGAUUGCGGUGUGGAGACUGGCUCCAACUAACAAGGCAUAUCAGAGCGUGUGGGUUGAUAUCGUUCGUUCGCGGGGCUUGCUCGGACGGCCGAGUACGUCUGCCCUGGGGUAUUCGACUGAUCCUGUAACCGAGAUUGUAACUUCGGAGAAGGGAAUUCGGUUGGAGCUCGAGCUUUUUAGUGGGAGGAAAGCUUCGAGAAACCCGUUCUCUGCAAGUGAUGUUGUUCUUUCUCGGAGUUUGCUGGCAGGUUUUGCGGAGGAGUUUUGGGUAGUUAACAGGCGUGGUAGUGUGGAUUAUUAG